CUACGCUGUAGCUGAUUGGCUAGGUAUUGCUCCACAAUCAUCCGUCAGGGGAAGUGAACGUUCGACAACAUGGGGCUGCUAACUAUCCUGAAGAAGAUGAAACAGAAGGAGCGGGAGGUGCGGCUGCUCAUGCUUGGCUUAGAUAACGCUGGCAAAACCACGAUCCUGAAGAAAUUUAAUGGUGAAGAUAUAAACACAAUCUCUCCAACUCUGGGAUUCAACAUCAAAACUUUGGAACACAGAGGGUUCAAACUGAAUAUGUGGGAUGUUGGCGGCCAGAAGUCCUUGCGAUCAUAUUGGAGGAAUUACUUUGAGAGCACAGAUGGUCUCAUUUGGGUCGUAGACAGCGCAGACCGCGCUCGCUUACAAGACUGUGCUCAAGAACUAUCCGGGCUCUUGUUGGAAGAGAGGUUGUCUGGAGCAACAUUAUUGGUGUUUGCCAAUAAACAAGAUUUACCUGGUGCACUGUCCAAAGAUGCGAUCCGAGAGGCGUUGGAGUUGGAUAACAUCAAGACACAUCACUGGUGCUUACAAGGGUGCAGUGCAGUGACUGGAGAAAACCUCCUCAUAGGGAUAGACUGGUUACUGGAUGAUAUCUCCUCUCGUAUUUUUACAGCAGACUGAUCAAUACUGGAUAGAGGACAUGAUGG